ACGGACGCCAUCAAGGUAGUCUAGCCAUUGCAAUAGUCCCGCUAAAAGCAGAAACAACCGCCGUUGUUGAGUUCUAUCUCACACACAUCUCUCUUUUCCUUCUCCCUCUUUCUCCCACUAUAUAUACAUAUAUAUAUACAUGUGUGUGUAUACAAAUGACAUAAAACAACCAUAAAAGACGCACGAACACGUAGACUAAUAUAAAUGCUACUGAAUUUUGUUAGAAAAAGAAGCAAAAAACACGGUCUGCAGUAAAGUGAAAGUAGAGAAAAACAAAAACAACAACAACUAAACUUCUGAAAGAAACCGUUAAAUAGUGGAAGUGCAAACAAAUAUUUGGUUUUUCCUUGCCAAGGCAGCUUCACACCUAAGCGGACAAAAACCUCACAGAAUCUUAUAGUUGCUGUUAGAUGCACAUGUUUACAUAAAAGAAAAACAAAAUUUUAAAAAAAUAUCUGUCGACGGAGAUCAUAAAAUGCUGUUCAACAUAACGCCAAUAAUAUGUGCGCUGGUACUGUGUGUUCUCUUUCCGAGAGGUAACUGCAAUGAGGAUACGAAUGCAUCACAGUCGAAAAGCAAAUUGAACGAAAACAAUGUAGCUGAGCAACAUCUUGAUAAACGCAGCAGUGGCGAGUACAACCCACACGAUCUGAAAACAAUAGUUGCGGCAAUUCUUGAACGACAAGAACAAGGCCAAAAACAGUCUUCUGCAUUGAGAUCUAUGAACGAACUUGCAGGCGAUCAGUACAAUGGUGAUGCAUUAUCGCGUGUAGUUCAACUUUUGAGAAGAUCUAUGCCUUCAGAUUUCGAUGAUUUUGAAAGACGAUUAGCACCAGUUCCAAGAUUAGGGCGUCUAAAGAAGAGAUCUGUGCUCAGUAACCCUAACAAAGAAGUAGAUUACGAUGAAAUUGAAGCAAAUGAUAACAACGAGAGCGCUGAUAAUAUUCUUUUCCCCCGGCAAAUAACCCUCCCACGAUAUGGAAAAGAUGAGGGAUCUGACGCAGCAGAUGCCGAACAAUAUUUGUCAUCGGAUUGUGAAGUCUUUGAUGCCUAUGGCACAUGUGUGCAGUAUAAAAUACCAGGAGAGAAUGUGAAGAGGCAAGUUAGAAUGUUGAGAUUAGGAAAGCGUCAGAUGCAUCCAAUAAAAAUAGAUGAUGAAAGUACAGGGAUGGAUAAAAGGUCAGAAGAUUUUAACGCUGAUGGAAACUCCGGUGAAAAUAAACGUGCAGUCUCAAUGUUGCGUCUUGGCAGAAGUUUCAAUGCUGGUGGACAAUCUGAAGAAAAUGAAAUUCCAGUUUUCGACGAAGCCAAACGAGCAGUUUCUAUGUUACGGCUUGGCCGCAGUGGGCCAUUCCUUGAUAAACGUGCACUUUCAAUGCUCCGACUUGGUCGAAGCGAAUUUGAUCAGGAAAACACAGCUCUCCCAAUAUUGUAUCCAGGACAAAAUGGCUUCGAAAACAACAAGCGUGCUGUUUCUAUGUUGCGCCUCGGCCGCAGUAUGUCGGCUGGUGAUAAAAGAGCUGUGUCUAUGUUACGUCUCGGUCGCAGCGGAUUUGAUACAAUGAAGCGAGCAGUUUCAAUGUUACGCCUUGGAAGAAACAGUGGAUAUCCAUCAGAAAAACGAGCAGUGUCCAUGUUGAGAUUAGGACGAUCAGGAUCAGAUGAAGAUAAGAGAGCAGUGUCUAUGUUGCGGUUAGGGCGUAGUGGUGCAGAUAUAGAAGACGAAAAGCGAGCAGUGUCGAUGUUAAGGCUUGGUCGUAGUGGUGCUGAUAAUAUGAAGAGAGCUGUUUCUAUGUUAAGACUAGGUCGAAGUGGAAGUGAUGAUAUGAACACGAAGAGGGCUGUGUCUAUGUUGAGACUCGGACGAAGUGGAAAUGACAAUGUAGGUGAAGAUAAACGUGCCGUCUCCAUGUUACGACUAGGCAGAAGCGACAACAAUGCAAAUAAUAAGCGAGCCAUGGCUAUGCUACGAUUAGGUCGUAGUAAUGACACUAGUUCAAAAGAAACCUAAAUUUUGUUGAAAUGAACUAAUUUAUGAAACCUAAAAACGAGAUAUAUAUGUGCUCAUAUAUAUAUAUAUAUGCGUGUGUGUGAGUGUGAAUGUGUGUGUAUAUGUAUGUAUAUAUAUAUAUAUAUAUAUAUAUAUAUAUAUAUAUAUAUAUACAUGUAUAUGUAUCUAUACAUACAUAUAUAUAUAUACAUAUCUAUGUAUAUAUAUAUAUACACAUAUAUAUACUCUGGGUAUAUACAUAUAUAUUUGUAUAUGCAUAGUAUAUGCAUAUGCAUAAUUGCAUUCGAACUUGAUACACAGUCAAUUUGAUUAACAACAGUUUCAAAAGGAAAUGGAUGCGUAAACGUAUAACUAAAGACCUAUGACAAUUACCAUGCAUUUGUUAGUCAACAGUAUUUUUCAAUAAUGAAACAUUAAAACUAGUUUAACAAUAUAUAUACGUAUAUAUAUAUAUAUAUAUUGAAAAUAUGAUUUCAACAAAAGGAUUGGGAAUAAAUUGUUUGUUUAUUGUUGGUGAUGUUUAAAAAUUUCGAUUCAUUAUUCUUCAAAUAAAAGAUUACCUCCCUUCA